AUGAAUUCAACCGGAGGCCAACAGCUCCUUGUGAGAGACACAUAUACCAUGGCCUUUGUCAAGAACUUCAUCGUGGUCAUGGUGUGGUUCCUCCUCAGCUAUAUCAACGGCAGCGUGGUGGUCACUUUCUUCAAGCACAACAUCUUCAAUGAGGAUCCUCGCUAUAUUCUUUUCAUACACAUGGUUAUUAAUGACGCAGUGCAGCUUACUGUUACCAUUGCUCUGUUUGUGGUUAGUUACACCUUGUACACUAUCAGUGUAGGGGUGUGUUGUUUCUUCAUCCUUGUGGCUGUGUUCACCACCCGUAGCACACCUGUGAAUCUGGCCGGCAUGGCCAUAGAACGCUACAUCGCCAUUUGCUAUCCCCUUCGCCAUGCCCAGAUCUGCACCGUGCGGCGCACUUACAUGCUCAUAGGGGCCAUUUGGUUUGUCUCCGUGGUGCCUGACAUCAUUGACCUUUUCGUGACCUUAGCCACACAACCUUUAAGUUUCUUCCAAAGUGCUGUGUUUUGUAUAAGAACAAAUGUCUUCAAAGACCCAGUUUUGCUCUAUAAACGGCAGGCUUUCGAUGGAAUUUACUUUUCGCUAGUCUUCCUCACACUGCUGUACACGUAUCUCCGGAUUGUAUUUGCGGCCAGUGCGCUCUCCACCGAUAGAAAGUCUACCAAACGGGUGACCAACACCAUUUUGCUUCAUGGGGUGCAGUUACUUAUGUGUAUGCUCUCGUAUGUGUCUCCCAGCGUGGAGGCCCUACUGUUUAACAUCUUCCCGGGACGCAACCUCGAAAUUCGUUUCUCUAGCUAUCUAAUUGUCUAUAUCCUCCCACGCUUUUUGAGUCCAACUAUAUAUGGUGUUCGGGAUAAAAAGUUUCGGAAGUAUCUUAAAAAGUAUUUUGUGUGUGAUUGCCACAGAAUAGAUGUCAAAGUAGAGUGUAAAGAUGAAGAAGACUAA